UGAGCCGCCGCGUCACGGGCAGGCGCUGGCUCCGUUGCCGCCCCCCGGCCCGUUGGGACGCCCCGAGUGUGUUACACUGACGUGUCUUUUCUUUCCCGCUUUCGGCACUGAGAUGUGGCUAUUGGCGCAGGUAUUUGUAAGCAUUUGUGGGAAGCAAGAAGAGGCGAGAUGACAUCGACAAAAUUAAAGAUGAGUAAGAACAAGGAUGACGCGCCGCAUGAGCUGGAGAGCCAGUUUAUUCUGCGGCUGCCUCCGGAAUAUGCCUCCACUGUGCGGAGGGCAGUACAAUCUGGAAGUGUCACCCUGAAAGACAGACUUACUAUUGAGUUACACCCGGAUGGGCGACAUGGGAUUGUCCGCGUAGAUCGCGUCCCAUUAGCUGCCAAGCUGGUGGACUUGCCCUGCAUCACUGAGAGCUUAAAAACCAUAGAUAAGAAAACGUUCUAUAAGACAGCCGAUAUUUGUCAGAUGUUCGUGUGCACUGUGGACGGUGAUCUGUACCCCCCUCUCGAAGAGCCAACUGUGAGUACUGAUCCCAAAGCAAACAAGAAAAAGGACAAGGACAGAGAAAAGAAAUUCAUCUGGAACCAUGGCAUCACUCUUCCACUGAAGAAUGUCAGGAAGAGGCGAUUCAGGAAAACAGCUAAGAAGAAGGCCCAGUACAUUGAGUCUCCAGACGUGGAAAAGGAGGUGAAGCGUCUGCUGAGUACAGAUGCAGAAGCUGUCAGUGUCCGCUGGGAGGUCAUUGCUGAAGAUGAAACCAAGGAAGCAGACAACCACGGUUCACUUACCGGCUUGGACAUCUCCUCUCCUGGGAUGUCUGGACACAAGCAGGGUCAUGGCUCAUCAGAACAUGAUGAGCUGCGGGAGAUAUUUAAUGACAUCAGCAGCAGCAGCGAAGAUGAAGAUGAGCGAGAUCAUCAUGACGAUGAAGAUUUGAACAUCAUGGACACAGAAGAAGACUUGGAGAGGCAACUGCAGGACAAACUGAAUGAAUCUGACGGGCAACACCAGGAGAAUGAGGGAGCCAACCAGAUAGCCAUGGGGAUCCAAAAGCAGAUUGACAACUUGAAGGGUAAACUCCAGGAGACCCAGGAACGGAGAAAGCGCCAGGAAGAUCUCAUCAUGAAAGUAGAGAAUCUAGCCCUCAAGACCCGCCUCCAGGCUGUGCUGGAUGAAUUCAAACAGCAGGAAGACCGAGAGAAGCAGCAGCUCACCUCUCUGCAAGAACAACUGGAGUCCCUUAUGGAGAAAUAAGGGGGGGCCCUUUUGAUCCGGGCAAGAGCAGUGCCGUCCAAGCAGGCACAGUGCUGAGAGAGACUGAUGAAGUCCCAUCCUCUGGGCUGAAGAUCUGAGGUCACUGGCACGACCUCACUGCCUACAAGCCACUCCUGUUAACGUUGGCACUCUCUAUUCUCCUGGGACGCUGUUUCUAGAGAUGCUGGCUGAUGUUGGUUGCGCUGGACAGAGCAACCCAAACCAUUAACCUUGGAAGAAGGAAAGGCAGUAACCUGGAAUUGGUCCUCGGAGAACAGCAGAGACAUGUGAUUAGCGGUUUAGCUGCACCCCUGGGGGAAGAUGGUUCCUUGACUAGUUUGACCCAUUUUUCUCUAAGUGGAAACCAUUGGUUCCUUGGAACACUCUUUAAAAGGCAUUUUGCUUCCCGACAGGCUAAUCCACAGGAAUUAACCCCCCACGCACUGCGCAGGCCUGGAAGAGCAGAGUGGUUGUUGCUAUCAUCUGAGCCUGCAAACCAGCAUUCCCUGAGGGGAACGUCUGCUUCCUUUGCAGACUCUGACAGGGGCUCUGCUGUGCUGGGAGUUGUGCCCAGGGCUGGGGAACAUCUGCUUGAACAAAGCUAGAAUGAAUAAAGUGUGUGUUCCCAA